AUGGCUGUUGCCAAUGUGGAGCAUCGUGCUUGUGCCAAGCAGACCAAGAUAAAAUUCUGGGAAGAUGGCCCCGCCACACCGCGGGGCUACAGAAUGCCAGAGGUCACCGCCAGAGGGCUGCCUCCGUGUGGGGCUGGGGACGGCAACGACAUUUUCCAUCUGCCACCUCCCUCCUGCCCUAAGCCAGUAGGAGAAGUGGCAGAAGCAGAGCGUGACCUGCUUUUCCUUUGCCUUGCAGAGCGAGUUGCUGUCUGGGAUGCGGUGGCCGACUACGUCCAAGAGCAGCUCCUGCUGCGCAAGGGAGUCCGAAUUCCAACCUUUGGUUCCUUCAGCCUUGCCUCCGAGCGGAUCGAAGCCAAGGAUGGAACCAUGGUUAUCCAGUGGCCUGCAUUUCACCUAGCCAGGAACCUUGCGGGCAUCCGUAACUUCACGGAUAACAAGGAUUACCUGCCAGGCCACAAGGAGCUGGAGGCCCUCAGAUUCUCUGAGAUGGCCACAGCUGCAUCUGUGAGCCGGCAGACUGGGAAGGCCUGCAUAUUUGGCACAACAUCGCUCAUCUCCCACUGCCUCAGGAAGGGGGAGAACGUCGCCUUUGUCCUGAAGGACAUAGGAGUGCUCCUCAUUGAGGGAACAGGAGUUCACAUGAAGUUCUACUAUGACUUCCUGGAGAGGAUCAGUGGGAAGGAGAACCUAGAAAAAGUUGUUUUCAAGGUCCCCUGGCUGCUGGACAUGCUGGUGCCCCGGGUGGCAGCUGUUGCCUCCCUGACCUCCUCAGGCCAAGUCAUCGUCUUUCCCAGGUUUAAACGGGAGUUUGCACCCAAACCACCGCCAGGGAAACCCUGCAGGGCCUCAAAAAGGCUUUUGCUACGUCUUGGCCGGGGCAAGAAAGAGGAAUUUCCUGCACUGCCACCCCUCACCAGCUGGAUCCACCUCACCAUUCCAGUGGAUACAACACAGUCUGAGGGGGGAACAAGUGAGGACAAGAGGAAGGCAAGUCAGCUGCCAGCGAUCCCAGGGGCAUUUUCUGCCAAAAAAGAGCCUCAAGAAGAGAAGAGAAAAUGCUCGAUCAAAAGCAAAGCAUCAGAGGUGGAUCCAGCAGAGAGAGCGUGA